AUGCCUCACGGUGGCCGUGAGGCACCACCAUCACCGCGCUCCUCCAAGCUUAGCAAGGGCAAAGGGCGCGUAUUCAAGAACUCCCGGCUGCAACCGACGGAGAUAAGGGCGCUACAGGCAGUCGCGAGGCAGUACAACGCGACUGCCACCCCUUCAUCAACCCCGACAGGAAGCACUGUAGGAGCGGGGGAGGAAUUUUCCCCCGCCCCCUUCGAUACCCGACACCCCGGCGUCACCCUCACCGCCGCCACGCACAACCCGCCCCGACUGAUGCCAUCACGCCGGAACCAAUGA